AUGGCGGCGGUGGAGGCAAAGCUCGCCAGCAUCUCGGGUAUCGGGGACCAGAGAGAGCGGACGGCCCGGUAUAAAGCACUCGGGGAGGAGCUGGCGGCUGGAGGGCGCAUCGACGAUGUUCAGGCCAUGUUCCGACACCUGCUGGGCAGCGGGGUGCCUCCAGUGGUGUCCCGGCAGUGCUGCGCCCAUCUCGCCAAGGAGGCGUGUUCGUUUGCGGAUACCAACCCGGAAGGUUUCGAGGCGCUUUGUCACUUCUGCCUAGAAAAGAUGCAGGAACAGCCCGGUGUGCAUGAUUCGUCGGAGUAUGUGCUCCGCCAUCGUCUGUUCGAGGAGCUGCUCAAGAAGGAGGAAUUCAUGGAGGCAGCCAACUGCCUGGGCAAACUCAACCUCGACGCCACGGGGGGCGGAAAGGGCUACACGGACGCGCAGAAGGCCGAGGUGUGGGUGAAGGUAGCGGAGGCGUACCUGGAGAGCGAUGAAACCGACGCGGCCGACAACUUCUGCAGCAAGGCGUCAGCCACGAUGCAGGAGGUGACGGACUGGGCCCUACAGAUGCGCUACCGCACGACGGCCGCGCGCAUCCUUGACGCCCACAGAAAAUUCCUGGAUGCUUCCGUGCGGUUUUACGAGCUCAGCCUGGCGCAGUCCAAGGGGCUCGAAGUCGACCCUGACGACCUCCUGCAGCUGCUGGGGAAGGCCAUAACCUGCGCGGUGCUGGGCAAGGCCGGCCCGCAGAGGUCUCGCCAGAUGGGCGUGCUCCUGAGAGACGAGCGCGUCGGGAGCCUGGCGAGGGUGCCUGGCUUCAGCACCCACUCGCAGGUCCUGACGAAGAUGUACACGGAGCAGAUCUUGAGGAAGCACGACAUGGAAGCGUUCGAGGAGUCCCUGAUGGACCAUCAGAAGGCCAUCACCGCAGAGGGCCUCCCGAUACCGGAGAGAGCGGUAAUGGAGCACAACAUGGUAGCUUCCACCCGGAUCUACGAGAACGUGAGCUUCAAGGAGCUGGGCACGCUGCUUCAGAUUCCUUGCGAGCAGGCGGAGCGGGUGGCGGCGAGGAUGAUCACAGAGGGGAGGCUUCGUGGCACGAUAGACCAGGUUGAGGGCCUCCUGCAAUUCGAGGGAGACCAUGAUGAGUUGCAGAACUGGGACGAGCGGGUCAACAUUCUGUGCCAAAAGGUCAACAACUGCUGCGAGACCAUCGGAAACCGGUUCCCGCACGUUCUCGAGCCCGCCGCCGCAUCUCCAGCUGCAGAUGCCCCUUCGGCCUCGGCCGCAUCGCCGCAGCUGGUUGCAUAGUCAUGGCUAGCACGGGUUUUUGUUGUGAUGAACCUCCCACGUGUGUGUUGGUCGCGGUACGGUUCGAUUCUCCCGAAAACACGAGUUCGUUCGUCGUCGGUGGAGCAGAUGCCAACUACUUGGGAGUUGCUUGUACGCUGGGGUGGAGGUGUCGGUUCUGGACUCUCUUCGUUUAGGCGCGGAAGAUUGUUUCGAAACAGUGGAGGUUCGUGUGUUCCACGAAGCGCCGUCUGUUCUCAGCUGCAGUGGAUCAGAUUUCAGUGGAGCCGUAGAGUAUGCUGGACUACCUCGCCCGGAUCCCGCGAGAUUUCGUAGAAGAACAAGGCGCCAAGCACCAACUCAUGCACUCUGACAGCGCCGAGGGCACCCGAGAGGAGGACGAAGAAUAGAAGAGCUGUUGAUGGC